AUGUCCUGUGAGUCUUUAUAUGACGUACUCCUGGUGGAUCAAAAUGCCACAUUGGACGACAUCAAGCUGGCCUUCAAGAAGCGUGCCUUGCAAGUGCAUCCGGACAAAGGUGGUAGCAAGGAAGCUUUCCAUCUGGUGUACCAGGCACUUGAGACCUUAGCUGAUCCAGAGGCCCGCGCAAAAUAUGACAACACUUUGUCACAGGUCAAAACGAGACCUGAGCAACGGCCGCAUCAGAGGGUCCCAGGCCGCAAAAAGAAGGCUCCGAAGAAACCUGGCCACCGGGCCGCCGAAAAGGAACCAAAGCCAAAGAGACCUGCAGCUCAUGGGGGUAAGGCUUCAACUGCACCAGCAGCACCGGCAACCCAGCAGUCCAAGCAAACAAAGCUGUUGAUCAGAAUCCAUGAUCUCUUAAAACAAUUGCCUCGACAUGUGCGGAAUGAUGUGAUCUGCAAGCAGUUCUCCCAGAAGCAGCGCUUGAUUCUAGAGAGAUGGAUGGUUGACAUGUCGACUGAGGGUGGAAAAGAGAGAUCAUUGGCAUUGGCUACAGAAAGUCUGGCAGCAAGUGCCCGGAGUCCUGGAACGGCACAAGAUGGGCAUUGCAGCGUGCUUGCUUUGCCAGCGGCAAGCGCCAGCUUCAGCCGGAAAGAAUUUGCUAAGCAGACCGCUAAGCGGACGAAGAGAAAGAGGAAUAAAGAAUCGAAGGGAAAGGUGCGAAGCACUGCGGGCUACCUCAAAAAAGAUUCACGUGGCAGCCUUGCUUACAGGGCCGGCAUUUGCUUUGAUUCAUUUGAGAUGCUUACCAAAAAAUGUGACUUUCAAACUGCUCUUGAAUACUUGGUGGUUCUCACUGCCGCAAAGCAGAAGAUGCGAGAUCCCAAAGCCCCCGACCUCCAUUUUGAGGAGCGAUUGCAAGCGGCCCUCGUUUCCUCUGCCAAAGAGCACGGGAAAGACCUUGCAGAUCUCAGACUUAGUUUUGUGCUUAUCCAAGCGGCUGGAUUUUUUAUUGGAAUCUCAUUGCGGGCACCCACAGUUCGCAGUAUUGACAUCCUUGGAAGGAUGCGCUGCUUCAUGGAGGCUUUUCGCCAAUAUGCCAAGAAUGGGGGGAAUCGAUGCAUCUAUUGGCAGUAUAGCCCAGCGCAUCUCCAGGAUGCUUGGGAACGGUUUCAAAAAGGUGUGGCUCAUGCCUGGGAGAUUGCUGGGGCAAAUAGCACCGAUAUUCUGCAGAAGAUCCAGGCGCUUCACAAAGGCAGAACUGAAUUCCGCAUCAGACAAUUGCAGAAGUGGGAGCAGGGACACAUGGCAAUGCAAGACAAGAACUGGCGUCGUCCCAAAAGACUGCGAACACCGUUGCCCUUUCGGGCACAAAAAUAUAGAAAAGUCCUUUCAGAGCGUGAAGAGUGCCGACGGAUGGCUUUGGAGGAUAGAAAAAGACAUCGGCCUAGAGGAUUGCGAGGUCAGAAUUAUUCCCGAAAGUUGUUGGCUUUGAAAAGGCUGCUUGCUAGGUGGGAGAGUGCCCUGAAAAGAAAGGCAAGGCUGCUGGACAAAGCACGUCGGAAGGUCAUAGAAGAAAAGAAGGCGCAGCGAAAAAAGACCCAAGAGGAACGAAGACGAUUGGAAGCUUUGAACCAGAAACGGCUGAAAGAAGAAGAGCGCCUGAGAAGAAAAGCACUUCGAAAGAGAAUGAGAUCCGACCUCACUAUGGACGAGAUUCUUGGCCGGCAUGAUGCCGAUGGCCCCGACCGAAAAAAGUGGGACGUGCUUCGAUCUUGGGCAUUUAUACGCUGUUCCACAGGUCUUUCAUGAUGGAAUACGGUUUGGAAUGACGAUGUUGAUGAUGGUGAUGGUGAUGAUGAUGAUGAUGAUG